GAAAAACUCUGCCAAUUUUUGUCUGUUAGUUUUGGAGAUAGUGUAUUUCUGUUUGCAUAUCUAGUAUUGUCCUUUUUCCCAUCAGGUGAUUCUUUACGUAUGACCACCAAGCCUUUGAGUCCCUAUUCAAUUGCCCGAGGUGGACAUUUAAUGGAUGAAGGAGUAGCAAUCUACAUUCCACUCCCCGAGAUUGAAGAAGCUACUAACAAUUUUUCAAAAAGAAUUGGAAAAGGAAGUUUUGGACCUGUUUAUUAUGGAAAAAUAAAAGACGGGAAAGAGGUUGCAGUUAAGAUCAUGGCUGAUUCGACUAGCCAUGGGACAAAGCAAUUUGUGACCGAGGU